AUGGCCCGUCCCUCUAAAUCUUCGGCGCUUGAUGUUUCUCGCGGCAGACACAAGCAACGCUUUCACGGAUCUCAUACAUUCAUUGAAAAGAUAAGCAAUCGACUUGCUCACAGACAUGCGCGAAUCCCGUACCUGCGCCGCCUACCACUUCGUGCGCUACUUAUCAUCGGCUUUCUCAUCUUCGUUAACCUAGUGGUAUGGGCUGUUGCUGGCAUAGUGCUCGUCGCGAAGAACCACGGUCAACUCAUGGGGACCAGCGCCCUCGCCUACAGUCUCGGCCUCCGCCACGCCCUCGAUGCAGACCACAUCUCUGCGAUUGACCUCAUGACGCGCCGACUGAUCGCUACUGGUCAGCGUCCUGUGACGGUCGGCACAUUUUUCAGUCUUGGCCACAGUACGAUCGUCAUCAUCACAUCUGUUGUCGUCGCUGCUACUGCCGCUGGUGUGCAGAAACGCUUCGGCAGCUUCAGCAACAUUGGAGGCAUCAUCGGCACAUCAGUCUCAGCCGCUUUUCUCAUCCUCUUGGGCCUCCUGAACGCGUACAUCCUCUACAAACUCUAUACUCAGAUCCAAAAAGUAGUUCACCUUCAGCCACAAGAAGCUGAGGUCGAAGGCUUCAAAGUACAAGGAGGAGGAUUCAUAUUCAGGAUACUUGAAAAGCUGUUCAAACUCAUCGAUCGCCCAUGGAAAAUGUAUCCAGUUGGCGUACUGUUUGGACUCGGGUUCGAUACGAGCAGCGAGAUAGCACUGCUCGGAAUCAGCAGUGUGGAGGGUGCAGCAGGUACUAGUAUCUGGCUGAUCUUGCUGUUUCCUAUCCUUUUCACCGCGGGCAUGUGCCUUGUCGAUACAAUGGAUGGCGCUCUGAUGAUGAGUCUAUACGUAGCACCCAUGGGCAUGAGUACCGACCAUUAUACGGAAGAAAACUUGCUCACGGCUCCCAAAACCACUCGAGGCGCAUCCAAGGCGUCGUAUGCGGUGACGCGCAAUCCGACUCAAGGUGGCGCUCAACCUCAUGACAGAGAUGUUGACAUUACCACUCCUCUCUCCCAGUCAAGCUGCAAGGUAGGCCCCAGGCUAGAACAAGAACCUAUGGCCGUGGCAUUGGGUGCAUCAUCAACCACCCUUCAAGUUCAAAUGCCAGGGCUCCCAGAAGAUCAGAUCCGCACUCGGGUUAAGGAUCCUCUGACAUUCCUUUACUACUCGUUUAUCUUAACAAUUUUAACCGUCAUCUGUGCCAUUGUCAUCGGCAUACUCCAAUUACUGUCUCUUGUAUUGAAUACCGCGAGUCCGACCGGCAAAUUCUGGGAUGGUGUUGCUGCAGCCGGCGACGCUUAUGAAUAUAUUGGAGCCUCCAUCUGUGGAAUGUUCAUUCUAGUUGGCAGUCUGAGUGUAGUCUUCUACCCUAGGUGGAGACGAUGGGUUGAUGAGAAGAGAGAAAAAUUGGCUGAAGAAGAAGGGGCCAGAGAAACUGACGGGUUGGAGCGUGGGGUUGUAGAGGACCAAGUAAUAAGAGUUGUAGCUUAGAGGACACGAAUGAGGUGAACAGCGAUAGCGGUGUAAGGAGAGAAGCCGAAACUUUGGCCCAGAG